AUGUGGUGUUUGCUGUGGAUAUUUCUGGCUCUGCUGGAGUCGGGCGUGCUCAGUCAGCCCCUGUCGGUGCUCUUCUCCGGGGACUUUGGCAGGAGCUUGGAUGCCGAUCGGGAGACAGAAGACCUGCUCUUCUUCGAACAUCCUGCCAAGGCGUACUCCUCCGAUGAUCUUUUCGGGGAUGUGCAGAAAUUUGUCAUUGGCGUCCAUCAGUUUGUCCAGCAUCCCUCGUCCUCACUGUACAGUGCCCUCAAUCAGCUGCAGGCGAAUGCGAAAAAGAACCACAAGAAGCAGAAGCACCCUCUGUUCGGAGGCCAGAAAGUGGUCCUCGAUCCCCCUGGCAGUGUUUCGUUCAAUUUGGGAUGGUCCCUCAACUUUCAGCUGACGAACAGCAUUGCCAUCACGCGUACAUACUCGUACACUCGUCACUGA